AUGAUGACGAAAAACAAAAUUAAUAAAUCAGGUGUUCUUGAAAAACGACCCAAGGGCCAUUUGUUACGAGAAAGGAGAACAUAUUUAAGAGUAAAAGGGUUUUUCUUUUGACCACUUUACAACAUUUGGGAUAGUCAACAACACAAGAAAGAAAGAAGAAAGUCUGCCAUCUAGAAACCACUAACUUCAACCAAAGAUGAAAUUUAAAACAGUUAUUUGCUUUGUAACAAUAACAGUUCUUUUAUCCAGUUGCUUACUUGAAGUAGAAGGAACAGGAAAGCUCGGUCUCUUGAAACUUGUAAAAGCUGGUAUAAUUCUGAAAGCCCUAACGCAUAAAAAAAUCAUUCCUCUUCCUCUUCCUAUCCCAAUUCCUAUCGGAAUCCACAAGGAACAUCAUCAUGAUGUAGGUCAUCACGGUUACGGUGGUUAUGAUCAUGGUUUUGGAGGUUCUCAUCAUGGUUUUGGCGGUUCUCAUCAUGGCUAUGGAGGCGGUUUCGGAGGUGGCCACCAUGGUUUCGACGAUUAUCACCACGAGCCCCAUUAUGGCCAUGGCCACAAGGUGUAUUCCACUGGUUGGAGACUCGAAGGCAUUGGAAAAUGGUGGUAAAAUGUCUAGAUCGGCACUGAACUGGAUUUAAAUACUUUGUAAUGUCGGAUUCCACAGAAUCUAUUUUUUCUUAAAAUAUUAAGAAAAAAUUUGCAUCUUUUCAUCAUAAUGUGUGUAGUAAAAGUACAAACAUAUUUUCAUUUCAGUUUCAUUGAAAUUGAUGUCAUUUGAUAUUGUUGAUAUUGUCAUUUUAUAUGAGUAGGAUUUGUUUAAAAAUCUAAUGCUUUUAAAAAGGAAUUCUAUUGUACUUAUAGCAGGAAGAAAGAAGGAAAGAACUCGCAUUUCUUAUUGCAAAUUAAAUAUAUUUAAUUUGAAUAUUCAAAUUAAAUGUAUAUAAUUAUAUUUUAAGUGGACUUUUAUGUACACAUUGUACAACUGUCAAUAUCUUAAACUAAAAAAUAUUAAUUUACAUAGAAUUUAUAUCAAAGCCUAAAAUAAGUAUAAUUUGUAAAACACAAAGAAAAUUUUAAUUCAAAUAAAUCCAUAUUGUAUCUAUUGUACAUAUAUAUAUAUAACAAUCAUUACGCUCGAAUGUUAUUUUUGAACAGCUGUAACAUCAAAAUGCUGCCUGCUGAUGUUAUUGCGAUUGAACAUAGAUUUUAAAUUAUGGCAUGAAAGUAAAUAAAUAAUUAAUAUGCAGCUAUAGCUACUUUAAAGCUAAAGAAAAAGUUGAUUCUAAUUUUUUUGCCUCUUUCUUACUAUCUUUAAAAAAAUUAAAAAAUCGGUAAAACUUCAGCAUUAAUUUAUUAUAAUAGCGACAAUAACGCUUCAUUAUAUAUCUGUUUUUCGGAAUGUUAUUUGUUAUACCGGAAAAUAGAUAAAGUAAAAAUAAUUUCUCCAGUGAGUAUCCCCAAUAGACAAAUAAUUAUAUAAUCAUUUAAUAUUAAUAACUUGAAUAUUAAACGCAUUAUCAUAAGUAUACCGAAUUUUCGAUAGUUUAAA